CGCUCGCGCUGUCAUCAUCAGGCUUUGAUCGAUGCCGUGACUUCACAUCGCCGCGUUUCACUUUACAAUCAAAACGGACUUUCUAGUGUGUUUAGUAGGCUAGUUUAAUCCGCUUUGCCCUUUCUUUUUAAUCAUAAAACACUUUUGUGAUCAUUAUAUAUAUAUAUAUAUAUAUAUAUAGCCUAUAUAAAACAAAGUUAACUCUGAGAGAUCAUGGCCACGUCGGUUCCUUUGCUUCCAUCAGCGCCGCUCGCGCAUCACGCGCCGCCUCCGAUUUCCAUCUCCGCUUCGGCCGGUGGCGGCUCCUCGAGCCCGUCGAGUCUGUCACCAUCGCCGUCGUCGCUCGCUCCUUCGGCAGCUUCGAGCCUCUUCCGCUCGGACCUGCUGCCUUCUGCGAGUCCGGCUCUCCCGGUGGGUAGCGCGCCGCACAAGCCCGCGUAUGCCACGCCGUCUCCGGUGGAGAGCACGCCGCGCAACAACGAGUGUCGAUUGGUGGAGGUGCGCGGCGCGCGCCUCGCCUCGUUCACUGUGGAUGGCCGAGAGCUCAUCUGCCUCCCGCAGGCGUUUGACCUCUUCCUCAAGCACCUGGUCGGCGGUUUGCACACCGUGUACACCAAGCUCAAGCGGCUGGAGAUCACUCCGGUGGUGUGCAACGUGGAGCAGGUGCGUGUGUUGCGCGGGCUCGGCGCCAUCCAGCCCGGUGUGAACCGCUGCAAGCUUAUCUCGCGCAGAGACUUCGAGGUGCUCUACAACGACUGCACCAACGCCGGCUCCAGACCUGGCCGACCUCCGAAAAGGACCCAGAGUGUGACGUCCCCCGAGAGUCCACACAUCCUGCCCCAUUCCGUCUCUGGACUCAUGUCCUCAGGACUCAUGUCUCACACAGGUCUGACAGCUGCUACUUUAGCCGAGGCCAUGAAGAAGAAGAUUAAACUGGAGGUUUUGAACAGUUACCACGCUUCUACCAACCACGGUGCAGACCAUGAGAACGGAGACGUCUCAGGCAUGGCAGGUUUGGAGCUGCCAUUCAUGAUGAUGUCACACCCUCUGAUUCCUGUAAGCCUGCCCCCUGCCUCGGUCACCAUGGCGAUGAAUCAGAUGAACCACCUGAGCACCAUCGCCAGCAUGGCCGCCACCGCUCAGGUGCAGAACGACUCGAGCCGAGUGGCCACCUCCGUCAUUAAGGAGCGAGUGCGAGACAGCCCAUCCCCAUCUCCCUCUCUGGAGGACGGCCGAAGGUCAGGGAGUCACAUAUCCUCCAGGCAGAGCACCAGUGUGUCCAGUUCUCCUGCUCACACCGAGAGCUCGUCUGAUCGGCCGCCUGUGCACCAGAAUGGCCUUUCCUUGGGUCACGCUUUGUUAGGCCUGUCUCCCAACGCACCCCCGGGACCAAAAGAGGGGGAUCUGGCAACCCAAGAUGCUGGUCAUGACUCAAGGAGGACGCAUGCAGAAAAGGAAGAGAACGUACUGUGCACGCCUACAUCUCGCGAGACCUACGAGAGGGUUUCUCACGCCAUCCCCACGCUUCCUCCAGGCUUCCCCGCACCGCUGCUCUUUCCUGAGGGCCUGUCUUCCAUAGAAACACUCCUCACUAACAUCCAGGGUCUGCUGAAGGUGGCUUUAGAUAACGCCCGGGCGCAGGAGAAGCAGGUGCAGCUGGAGAAGACGGAGCUGAAGAUGGAGCUUUAUCGGGAGAGGGAACUACGCGAGACACUGGAGAGACAGCUCUGCGUGGAGCAGAAAAACCGAGCCCUAAUCCAGAAGCGACUGAAGAAAGAGAAAAAGACAAAGCGGAAGCUCCAGGAAGCUCUGGAGUACGAGUCCAAGCGACGUGAUCAGGCUGAGCAGACGCUGCAGCAGACGACAGCCAGUGAGCACGCUCACACUCCAAAAGAGCCUCCUGCUCCAGAAAUGGAGACCGACCUGAGCAGGGACAGAACAGACGCAGACAGGACGAUACCAGAUGGACGGCUCUUUCUCAAGACCGCGGUGAUGUACUGAAGAAGCAGAGCGAGAGAACAUGUAAAUGAGUGCGGAGACGGAGGAAGCAGAAGUGGGAAUAAUCACGAAAAAUCGAUUGUAUCGGAGGACUCGAGACAUUUCAAGGACCCCAAAGGGUCGGCGUCUACAAAUUACUGCGAGGAGACUGUCACACGCAUUGGAAAUCAAUGCUUUCAUUGUGCCUAUCUGUGAAGUCGAGCCACCUUUUUUCUUAUCACAGAGGCUAAAAACACACCAUGUGGACCUUCACAACAUUUUUUUUCUAUAGGAUAUUUAAACCACUCACGCUUUACUGACCAUGAAAAAAAAAAAGAAAAAAAAAGAAAAAAAAAACAACAAUAUUUCAGAGCUUCUCUUUUAUAGCCCUGACAUGUUUAACUAUCUAUAAAGCACUAUUUCCAUCAUGGAAGAGUCUGAUGAUUUGAGUUUAUUCAUCGUUUAUUGAAUAUCUACAUGACAUUUAAUGUGUUUUCGUGUAGCUUCGUGUCUUGUUAUUCCCAAAAGAAAGAUUGUCCAUGUUUUGUUUUUUUUGUUUUGUUUUGUUUUUUGUCAUUAUUAUAUGUUUGAUGAUUAUAGCAGGUAUUCUCAAACGAAAAAGAAAAAAAAAAAGAAAAAUCACGAAACAUGGAACGUGUACAUAAAAGUGUAGAGAUAAUAUUGUGCAUUGUAUGUCGUAGCGCUGUUAGGAAAUCAAUACAAACCUCUUUAAUGAAAUAUCUUGCAUCUAAGUUAUUAUUAUUAUUAUUAUUAUUAUUAUUAUUAGGUCCAUAAUCCAUCAUCAUACCUGACUAGGAGAGCAUGCUGGCAUGUCAUUACAUUUGUCGUGUCCGUCUGAUAUAUAUAUAUAUAUAAUAAUAAAAAUAUUUUUUCACCUGGUACAAAGCAGGUCACACCUUACAGACACGUUUUGAUCUACACGUGCCUCGGGUCUCUUGUGACAGUUGUUUAUGUUUUGUUUUUCAUGAUUAAAUAAUGGCCUUUGUCCACGUAUAAAAUUUGAUCACAUUUUAACAUGCUGAACUUUUUUUUUCCCACCUGUAUACCUUUCUACCCGAAUGAUUUUAGGUGAUUUUUGCCCAGGAUUUGGUUUUUAUUUCAUGAUUUAUUUCUUUUUAAAAUAACAAGAAUUACUAUAAAACGUCUUACGUUUUCCAUGUAUGGAAAUGUAUUAUAAAUGAAUUUGCCACAAUUGCUUUUCCGAUGGCUUUUGAGCAUCCGACAAAUGGAAGACAUGCAAACGAAAAACAAAUGUACCUUUGAUUUCAAUGUGUGGAAGAGACACAAUGCUCUGGCCAGCUGAAUUCUGAAUCAGUCCGUACAGGAUUUCGUGGAUUUUUCUUUUGUUGUUGGGAUUGUUGCGGCCAAAAACGCUUGAUUUUUCUGCAGCUUUUUUUUUUUCACGAUUGUUCGCAAUGUGCCGAGUUUUUUCUGCUUUUUUUGCGGAAAACUACUUGGAUUGCAGUCGCACGAAAUUGUUUUGCACGCUCUUUCGGUGUUGUUUGUUUUGUAAAUGAGACCGCACGUGUUCGACGCACGUGAAUCGAAGAGGGAUUCGGCUGAAUGCCCGAAUCUCGGCCCAAAUCUAGCGAAAAUCUGCGGUAAUUUUGAAAAAUUGCAAGCUCGUCUGAAUAUUGCUGCGGUUGCCUGAUUUUGCGUUAAAUUCUGCGAUCGCAAAAUCGUGAACUCCUGGAGGGACUGGUAAAUGUGGCGAGAAAAAAGUGAAUGGAAAAUAUGAUGAUUGUUAUUUGCUGCAUGUUUCAGUGUCGAUUAUGACUUCAGCAUUUUUUGUGCUUUUAAGAUAAGAUACAGUGUGUAUAGAGUAUACAAUUAGGGGGAAAAAUGGUUUCUCAAGGGUUAGUUGGAUAGUUAUGGGUUCUGUGUUCCUAAAGGAGCCACACAGAGCCAUUAAAGGUUCACCCAGAGGGGCAGG